ACCCUUCAUUUAAAAUCUUCAGUUCAAAAUGCACUAAGGUUGGAAAUGGUGCACGUAAAAUCACUGAAAGUAAAAUUACUACGGGAUUGGAGUUGUAUGAAAAAGUUCAUAUGGCAUGAUGAGGCUGGAGAUGAUUAUUUCCGUUUACUCGAUUAUGUUGCGGUAUUUGCUGGGACAAGAUUCGUGCCAAAAAAUCACAAUCAAAAGCGAAUGCUGCCCUUCUGGAAAGUGUACCGUUGGAUGUGUUACUAUCACAGCAUCUAUGUGAUAAUGAACGCGUUUGCUCAUCUAGAUCGACGAAACAAUUUCAGUGAAUUUUCAUGGUUCGUCAUGAUUGCUCUGGAAGUUGUGAUGGGACACGUUAAAGAUUUGAUAGUCGCUCGAAACUCGGAAAAAAUUCAAGAUGCUCAAAAUUUUAUCAACAAGCGGAUGACAAUAGUAUCUGACGAAGUCUUUGAACCCGGAACAAGAAAAACGUUUUUCCGAAAGGUGCAAAUAAUGUGUGGUGCAACCGGGAUGGUAGCUUUGAAUAUGAUUCUUAUGAUGACAAUUCCGAAUAAGCAGAUCGAUGAAUUAUUUGCCUUACCAAGUUGGAUCGCAUUUUCAAGUGUGUUAUCAUAUAUUUUCAAAUUCACAAUUUCUCCACCAUGGCCUUGUAAAAUUAUUUGUGGUACGGUACUCCUAACAUCAAUACUUGAAGGAUUCAAAACAGAAUUACUAGUUUUUGCAAACGAUCUUGGUAAUACUGUGGAUCGUGCUCGACCAACCGUAUUUCAGCAAUUCCCUGAUUCAGAAACAUAUCAACGUAAAGAUAGUGAAGAAGUUGUCUUCAAGAAUCUACAACAACAUAUACCGCAGAAAAUCAUGCGUCACAUUGAGUUGCUUGAAAAAAUUCAGGAUUUCAAACCAUUAGUGGAGUUGUUCUUCUUCGUUCUCUACUUUCACGCCAUGGCUUUGAUUGGAACUUAUAUUUUUGUGAUUCUUCAAACCGAUUUCUCCAUAGGAUCCGCUAUGAUACUGAUGGCGUUAACGGCAUACUUUGCCAAAUGCUACUUUUGGUGCUGGGUUAUCAGUUCUUUUCAGGAAGUGAACGAACUAAUUGCAUUAAACAUCAUGCAGCUAAUAACUGCAAUACCACACCCCGCGGAGCAUCACCUGAAGUAUAUCGAACUGCGAACAAUGUUGAUGAUUAUGAUGAUUCGAACUCAAUCCAGUGCUCAAUUUAGCUGCGGGGGUUUAUCAAUAAUAUCUGUAGAGUUGUUUGGAAAUCUGCUGAAUGUAUCUUACUCUGUGAUCACGUUUCUUUUGAACAUUAUCUAGGACUGCAUAGGGUAGCUUUAUAGGAACGUGCUCAUUUAUUGCACAAUACGAUUUUUUUAGGUAGCUUUAUUAUUGUAUAUUGAAAAAUGCAUAUCAUUAUAUAAUCUUCAACUCAAUUGUCGAAUGAACAAGUUAGUAUUAAAUUUCUAUUUACAGAAAACAGUUUGCAGCUUUUGCUCGUGAAUAUGUGUAGUAAUUGUCAAUGCUUAGUACCGAUGUUGAUCAUAGGCAACAAAGACUUAUAUAACUUUUCUUCGACCAUUGAAUAAUUACUCGUUAUACAACCUUGUUAAAAAAAAACGCUGAACAAGCAUUUCUGCAUGUUAAGGGGAUAAUCAAUAACUUAAAUAUUGGAAAAAAAAAAAAAUAUUGAUGGUACUUAUAACGUAAAUCCUACUGAACAGCCAAGGUUAGAUCAUUGAAUAAACAUGUAAUACAAUAUGUUAUUAAAAUUGUUGUUAUAUCAUAGAUUCUCCCUUUCUGGGUAAAAAAAAAGCUAAAAGUUUAUUUUUUUAUUUUUCUUUUAAAUAAAAUCAAAUGUAACGUCAAAUCUAUGCUGAAUAAAAUAGCUCUAAGUAACAUUUCUUAGAGCCGAAAUUGUUUCUUUGGGUGAAAA